AUGGGGCCGCUGAAACUUUUUUCUUUGCCGCUCAAAGAUCAUAUCAAAGACGCUGCAGAUUACUUGUCAGCUCAUGUAACGAAGCCUGAUGAACAAAUUGAAGCAUACGUUGCUUUAUUAAGUGAAAUGGAAGUUGCUGGGGAUAAUCUCUUAAUUGAAGGAAAUAUAUCUAAAACUUUUAAAGAAGCUGCAACCUACCUUCGUCAAUUAACAACAUUUCAAGACUUAAUAUCGUUACCAAAUUCAUCUUUACAAUCGAGUAUAGAAGGAAAACUAAAGAGUAUAGUGGCUAAUGUUAGCAGAAGCGGCUACAGCAAAUCUGCUAUGGAUGGUAUUAAAACAGAAGCACUGAAUAUAUUAAUCGAACAAAUGGACAUCGAAGGAGGUAACGUUUUAUUACGGCAUGGUAAUAUUAGAAGAACUUUUAGUGAUGGAGCACAUGCGUUACGCACGAAGAGUAGUGACCAAUUAAGUGUCCCAAGUGCCGACCCAGUAGUGGCGAGGAAAAUACAAAUUAAAUUACGUAAUUUAAUGCAGUUACAUACACCUGAUAAAUAUUCAUCUCUAAUGGACGACGUUAUUGAAGAUGCUACCAUGUACUUGGCUGUCCACUUUUUACAACCACGUAUGUAUUAUCUUAUUAAACUAGAUAUGAUUGAAGACGUGGUUCAAGUCUGCAAGUGCAUGAAAAACGUGUUUGUUCAAUGCGAGCUUUGGUGUGAUGAAAUACUGCGUCGUGUUGCAAAACCGUGUUGCAACUGCUCCCGGCAUAUCUCUUCACAGGCUUUGGCCGACUUAGGCCCUGGAACUUCCCAAGCGUACACUCACGGGCUUGAAAUAUCAAUAACACCCUGUCCGUCGAAGCAAAAGAAAAUAUUUACUAACCAAGGCGAAAAGCCGUACGCUCAGCCUUGUCCAGCCAAAAAGCCUUCAGACCAGUGCGAAAAAACUACUACUUCAUACCUUUUAUACUCUUCCGAAUAUCAAAAGAAAGUUCCACUUCAAACAACUUCACUCACUCAAGAACUGAUGAUUAAGUCCCCAAUGUAUUCGCCGAAACAAUCGGCUACUGUUGAAGAAACUAAAAGUAAUCAUGGAAUGAAAUAUGUAGAAAAACGGGACAUUUCUCUUAAUCCUGUAGAGAGAGAUAAAAAACAAGAAAUUGAUACAUCAUCAGGAUCUUUUCAAACUCCUAAAAAUGAUAUCUCAGAAUCUCCAAAACCAGCAGAACAUGCUUUUUGGCAAUCACCUACAACAAUGUAUGCGAGAGUUCAGCUGAAGAACAAACAGACAAGAGAGACUGAGCCGGAACAACGUACAUCUCAUACGACAAAGAGUUGGGAUACGAAUCUAUCACGAAGAAUGACAUCAGUGAAGCGUGGAUAUAACACUCGGGCACCAAUUAUCACAACAGAUCAAAUGGCGGAUUGGCACGCCAUGAUGGUGAGCCUCACGUGGAAUGUUCAGGCUUGGCGAGGUUGGAUACAAGAAAAUAUAGAUCGUGCACUGGACUAUCAAAACAAAGACUGGUUGCCCGAGUUAAGCCAGUCGGGCGCGGUGUGGGUGGUGAGCGCGUGCGGCGCGGUGCCCAGCGGCGCGGUGGCCGCCGGCGUCUACGAAGGAGAGGUAAUGUGCAACGCAGAGGUAUCGUGGGUAGCGUGUCGCGCGACAGAGAUGCACGCGGGCGCGCGCGCGGCGCGGGCGGCGCGCGGCGUGCUGGUGGGGCGCGUGCUGUACCGCGGCGCGCACCUCGUGGGCGCCGUGCACGCGCCCGCCUACCACUGCCACGUCGUCAUCUUUGGACGACCAUUCGCUUUCAGCUGCUAUGAACUACUAGUCCUCUCUGGUGAUCGG